AGGUCAGCUGACUGGUGACGUUUUUAACCGGGAGACCUCACUGGGAGGAAGCACAUUUAUGUGAAUCAGUGGUCUGGUGACGGAGCCGACAGCAGGACCUGAAGAAAAAAGCGGAGGAAUUCAGUCUCAGUACGUCGGUUGAACACAUAUUAAGAAAAGAGAAACCAUGCCUGCAGACCUCGCCAAAGGAAAGAAGGCAUUCGUCCAGAAGUGUGCCCAGUGUCAUACUCUGGAGCAGGGUGGAAAGCACAAGGUUGGGCCCAACCUUUGGGGUCUGUUUGGACGCAAAACAGGCCAGGCAGAGGGCUACUCCUACACCGAUGCCAACAAGAGCAAAGGCAUUACUUGGGAUGACGACACCCUGAUGAUUUAUCUGGAGAACCCAAAGAAAUACAUUCCAGGAACAAAAAUGAUCUUCGCCGGCAUCAAGAAGAAGAAUGAGCGAGCUGACCUCAUAGCCUACAUCAAGUCUGCAACUUCAUAAAGAACUCUUCAUCCGCGUAGCUUUGCCAAUUUCUGUGUCGGGAGGACUCUUCAUUCUUUCAAGAUCAGGCAGAAUGAGAAACUGAGAAUCGUUGGCAUGAUACGUUUUGUCACAGCUGUGCCUCUGUUUCUGACACGAUCCUUGUUUGUGGUGGAGUAAACGAUAUCCCCUGGUUUUAACAGGUUACUUUUUAACAUAAAUUAUUGAACCAUUUACUGUGUUUCAGAAUGUGAGGACUGAAAGCUGUGUAGUUUGUUUUCCAGUUAACUGUCAUCCAAUCUUUGUGUAUUCUCAGUUGUUUCUUGGUUUAUAAUCAAGUUUGUCUUAAUGAUUGUUCUGAGAAUGAAUGAAUGAUAUUUCAACAGUCUUUUCUUAUGUCCUGUUUGAUUUUCAAGUUGAAUAAAAUCAAGACUAAAUGUCUUUCUUUUGGUAACUUACAAUAAAUACCUGGAACAAAAUGAUACACACAUACAAUGUAUUGUCAGAUAUGCUGGACUGUGUGCAUGUUUUUUAUCAUUUUCCCACUCAGUGGUGGUGGAUAAAUAUUUGACCUGUCUUCUACAUUUUAAUAUUUAUACAACCAGUACCUCAUCAUUGGAAUAUCUUAG